UCUGAAAACACUGUGAGAAACAGUAGAAGAAGACGCAGCUUGCGUUUACUCGCACCAACGUCAUUAGCUAUCUAUAUAUUUUGACUUUGUUUUAGUUCUGAAGAGAAAGUUAAAAUAAAUUGUCCAUUUUAUUGGGUGUUUAGCAUUGAGCUAACCGACUAGCCGUAGCAGCGUUUGGUGAUUCUUCUUCUUCUGCUGUGAAUUUGUGGUUGUUUCCUCCUCCAUCCACCGAGGGCUUCAUGUUGAAGCCACUGUCCGCUGCCUGUGCUCUGCUCCCCCGCUGUCUCCUCUCUCCCACUCCGCGGACUUUCAGCAGAGCCCUCCGCCUUCGUGGCAGGAUGGAGGCGGCCGUGGUGCGGUGCCUUCCCGGGGAGCCGAAGCUCACCAUCUCCUUCUGCCUGGAGCAGAGCCAGAAGCACAUGCUGAGGGACCAGGACGAGGCGCUGGGGAAGGUCCUGACUCGCAUUUCCAACGCGAUCGCUAAGAACCAGACCAAGGCGAAGAAGUCCAAGAAGAAGCGUGACGAGCAGCUGAGCGAAGCGGCGGAACCCGCCGUGGUGAAGCUGUUCUUCGGAGGGACUGAGGUCCCAGACACGCUGCCGAACUCCGAGGCUUGGCAGGACGGAGCGGUGCUGCAGGUGGGAGAGGUGAAGUACCGCGUGCAGAGGAACGCGCCCACCUUCAGCACCGCGGAACUCCCACGGUCCCUGAUGGCCGGAUUCCCGGUCUGCCCCAAACUGGAGGUGGAGUUCGGGAACCUCCAAGACUGCGAGUUUCUGUGGUUCAAAGAAAAGCAGACAAACCCAAGCCCUGAAGCCCAGGAAGAGUCUCCAUCUCAGGGCGGCGAAUGGAUGCAGGUCGGAUGCGAAAGAGUCCUGGUUCCGUCCAAUCAGGACAUCGGCUGCAGGCUCAAGCUGCUCUGUACUCCCAAAGACGGACAUCGCUGCGGUCAGACCAGAGAGCUGGUUUCUGUGGGAGCUGUGGAGGCGGGGCCAGGCGUGUGCACCUUCGACAACCGUCACGCGUACACCUUAAAGCUGGCAGAGUGGCCGGCGGUGAGGGUGGUGUCCUAUAACAUCCUGGCGGACGUCUACGCCCAGACAGAUCUGUCCAAGACGGUCCUCUACCCAUACUGCGCCCCCUAUGCCCUGCAGCUGGACUACAGGCAGAACCUGAUCAAAAAGGAGCUGGCUGGUUACAACGCCGACAUCAUCUGUCUGCAGGAGGUGGAUAAAGGUAAUCAGCCCCUAUCAAUCACGUGGGAAAACUGGAGUAUAUUGGAUUUAUGGCACAGCCCUACCGUGAAGCCAUCGCAGACCUUUAAAACUUUAAUUCACUUUGAAGGAGGAAAUGUUCGCCUGGUCCAAAUGGGCGUGGCUCUGCGGCACAUAAGCCACAUCAUCAGCGAUGUCGCGCCUGGAGCUCCGCUGCUCUUCUGUGGGGACUUCAACUCCACCCCAAACUCAGGUGUGGUGCAGCUGCUGAGUGAGGCGGCGGUUCCUCAGCAGCAUGCAGAUUGGAGCAGCUCAGGCCCAGAGGAGUCCUGCUGCAUGGAGCUGAGCUCCAGCUUCCCUCCUCUGCUCAGCGCCUGCGGACUGCCGGCUUACACCAACUAUGUGGGAGGAUUUCACGGCUGCUUGGACUACGUCUUCAUACAGCCAGAGAGCAUGCAGGUGGAGCAGGUGAUCCCUCUGCCCAGCCACCAGGAGGUCACCACCUACAAGGCUCUGCCCAGCGUGGCUCACCCCUCCGACCACAUCGCGCUGGUUUGUGACCUCCGAUGGAACCCGUGACCUCUGACCCCCUGAGACGCUUUGAUUUGCUUUUGCUGCUUUUGAAGUCACAUGUUUAUGCUGCAGUUUUCUGGAAACGAAGAAGACACCGAUGGGAAGUCAUGGCGGUUCUCUUUAGGGAAAAAAAUCGGAGCGAUUUAUUUUCAUCACUGAUGUUCAGUGUUUGGAGCGUCGGCUCAUUUUGAUACAGAGCACUACCAUGAUUGUUUUUCUCUUGAUUAUUAACCAACAGAAGCAGCUGCUGUUUUAAUUUCAGGACAUUUUUGAUGAAUUAAAGAGACAAGUUUGAAUAUUUAUUGUUUCCCAUUAGAUCACAGCUAUAAUAUUAUUAUAGUAUGUUUCUGCUCAACCUGAUGAAUCUUUAUUUGUGUCCUUAAUCCUUUUACAAAACGUUUCUGCAGGUUUAAAUUUUAUCAUAAUAGGACAAAGUUUUAGGGAAAGGCUAGAGAUUUUUUUUAUUUUUAUUUCGAGAAUAAAGUUGUUAUAUUACAAGAAACAAGUAUUUUAUGACAUCUCUUCCAAGAAGCCCUUUCUUCUUCCCUAAAGUGAGGAAUGUGGAGCAUCAUGUGAAGUUCUACUUUAGCAUCGGUUUGAUAAAUCAGGAA